AUGGCCGAUGAAGUAUAAUGCAGAUAAACAUGAGGUUGACCACUUUGAUACAAAUAUGGGAAGAUUAUUAUCAGAAUGGCAACAUAUUGGGAAAGUGGGAGGUGCAGUGAGACCUGGAUGUUUUUGUACACCAAUCACUGAAAAUAAGGAUGCAAGUGUGGCAGGCCAUGAAGAAGGCAGAUGGUAUGUUUGUCUUUAUAGCAAGAGGAUUCAAAUACAGGAGCAGGGAUGUCUUGCUGCAAUUGUACACGAUCAUGGAGAGAUCACAUCUGGACCACUGUGCAGUUUUGUUCUCCUUCUCUGAGGAAGGAUACUCCAACUAUGGAGGGAGUACAACAAAGAUUUAUGAGACUGGUUCCUGGGAUAGCAGGACUGACCAAGAAGAGAGACUGGAUCAGUUAGGACUAAUAUUUACUGGAGUUUGGAAGAACGAGAGGUUGGAAAACCCCAUAAAUAACCUUUGAAAUUUGCACAGAACUGGACAGGGUAAGCACAGGAAGGACGUACUGAAUUACUGGGGAGUCCAGAACCAUGGAUCCCAGUUGAGGAUAUUGGGUAGACUAUUUAGGGCCAAAUGGAGGAAAUAUUUCUGCACCCAGGGAAUGGUGAGCCUGUGGAAUUCUUUGCCACAAAGUGGUAGAGACCAAAACAUUGUAGUUUCUGGAAUGAGUUUGACACCGUUCUUAGGGCUAAAUGGAUCAGAGUGUGUGGAGAAAACAGGAAAAGGGUACCAAGUUGGAUGAUCAUCCGUGACAAUAUUGAAUGGUGGAGCACAUUCGAAAGGCUGAAUAGCCUACUCCUGCUCCUAUUUUCAAUGUUUCUAGACCCAUAUGAUCUCUACUAUGAGGGAGAGACAGGUGUUUUUUUUUCUUGCAAGGUGGCAGGAGGAGAUCAGCCCUCUUGGACCAAGCAGGCUUGGAUGGAGACUGCUGCCCCUGUUAGUAGAUCAUGUGUGGUGCACAGGAACUGAACCAGUUGCGUGAAGUUCAAUGUUUUUAUUCAUUUGGCACUCAAGCUUCAUGACAAGCUUUGCACACAAACUCAGGUGAGAAGCUUGAGGCCUAAUGCAGCUGCUGAACAUGGGAGAAGUGUGUGCAAGAGUCCUUAAUAACUAAACAAAGCUCAAAAUUAUCAUGCUGCUGAGAUCCUAUCAGCAUUGAUAUUUACAACUUCUUACGUGUAUGAGCUGUUGGCAUUGGCCACCGAGGGCCAGCAAUGUCUUAUCUCUUUCUGUUUUGUUCUUGUAGGAGAAAAUUGGCACAUAAUAUCCACAAGUGGGCCAAGGUGGGCAGAGAUAUUCCCUGGCUGCAGGAUGGAAGAGGGAACAAUGGAGUUGCCAGGGCUGCUGGUGAAGAGCAAACUGGGGAAGGUACUGGCCUGAGGUGCCACGACAGACUUCUUCAUCAACUGCGGAACAGCCAGUGCUAGAGUAGAGCUCAGACUAAGCACUGUCGCAUCUUUAGAAGCACACCCUCCACUAUUGCCGAUUCUGGCUCUUUGAGCCUCAUCGUCCUUGGGGUAACUGCAGAAGGUGCACAGAGGUUUGCGGAUCAUCUGUUGAGUUAGCCAAGAUUUACAACAUUUUUCCAGGUCAAGUUGGUAACAGAGUGCUGCUUCACAUAGAUACUGCAUAAUUUUGAUUUUCAAAAUACUUCUGAACCUUUAAUGAUGUCUAAUGCCAGCAAACUUACUGAGCAACAAAUCUCUCAGACCAUAGAUCCUUUGGAAAAAGAUAACUCUAAGGAUGAUGAACUUACUGCUGAAUUGGAAAAAAGGAGCAGAAGUGGUAUAAUUAAUGAGCCGCUGAGUAAAGUUCUAAAGAAACCUCGCACGUCAACUCGCUUUUCUACAUUUGGCAGUACCAGUUCAAUGAACGGGCAAUCACCGAAUGGAAGUAUCUUAGUACAUGGAAAAGAAACAACAGUUGUUCCAAACAGUACUACCUCAAAGCACAAAAGAGUCUCGCACAUGCUAGAUAAAUCUGACAGGUCACUGGAAAGCUCAUCAGAAAUGCAGAAUGAAGUGCACAUUGCUUCUUCAGACCUUCAAAAGCAGGUAGAACCCGAGCAUAUUUUCCUCUCCAGUGAGCGAGAAGCUGGGAUUUCUGACAUGGAGGUGGUAUCUGCUGCUGAGGCAAUAAGCAGUCCUGUUGAUUUACCCUUCAUGAGUGGAAUUCCCUUGAAUCCUGGUGUUUUUAUUAUGACUCCUGCUGGGAUAUUCAUGGCAGAUAGUGCACUUCAAAUGGCCGGUCUGGUAGAAUAUCCGUUGCAGAAUGACCUUGCUUCAGCCAUUCAUUCUGGAAAAAAGAAGAGAAAGCGAUGUGGCAUGUGUGAGCCCUGCAGAAGAAGAUUAAAUUGUGAGGAAUGCAGUAGCUGUAGAAAUCGCAAAACUGGCCACCAAAUUUGCAAACUGCGAAAAUGUGAGGAACUUAAAAAAAAGCCAACAGCGGCGUUGGAGAAAGUGAUUCUUCCUUCAGGAGCAGCAUUUCGGUGGUUCCAGUAGAUGUGAGCACGCAAUUCCCAGAGUUGUGUCAUUAAGUGCAAUGUGUCUGCUUGCUUGUAUUGUCUCAGGCAAACAUUGUUGGCUGAAGUAAAUGGACGCACCCUGUGUUUUCUUAGAACCAAAACUCUUUCUGCAACUUUCAUUCCAAUUUUUAUGGAGGUGAAUUUUAUGUUGUAAGAAUGAAUAUCUUUAGUCAUUGUACAAUGUGUCAGUGCUAUUACAAUAAAUCUGUAAAAUGCAGUACCAAGACAAAAUGGGCACAGUAUGGACAAUCAGAUUUUAUUUGUUUGAUGUUGAUGUCUGUUGCGUAAAUUGGAAAGUGCUAGGAGUGUUUAGAAAGUUAAUUUUACAGAUAUCUUUUAAGACUAGUUGACUGAACACACUGUUCUAGACAUAGCACAAUGGUUAAACUACAUGCCUUUUCCAAUCUACCUUUAUUCUAUAUUUUAAUGCAUAUUUCCCCAGCUGUCAUUGAGUUGAUUGUUGUAUCAUGGCACUCUUGACAUUGUAGUCUUGGACACUUAAGUAGACAUUAGAAUAUAAUUUUCAUAAUUUUGUUUAUAGACAUUUUUGUAAAUUGCUGAAAUAAUAUCACUUCUGUGGCGGUCACUAAGCCACUGGUUUUCAUGUAAAAUCACCAGCUUCACACCUAUUGCAUGGUGCAUUUUGUAAUGAUUUGGCUGUUUUUGGCUGUUUUGUGUAGAAUAUUAGUGUUGUUUCUUUUGUGUGUGUCAGAUUUCAAUUUGCAGCUCAUAAUCUUGCAUGUGGCACUUGGCAUCCCUUAUGAUGAGCAGACUGAUUUCUGGAAAUGCUCUUUAGGGAGGUUAGCUUUUCAUAAGCUAGCAAAUUUUUAUGUUGCUUCUGAUACAAUGAUACGCUUAAGACCCUUAUUUUAAUUGCCUGCCAAAGAAAAUCAGUGCCCCAGUGAUAUCUAGGCAUGGUGAAUCAUUGGAAUCCCUAGUUUGUGAAAUCUUUCAAACAUAAUGGCUGUUGAAUCUCAAAAGCAUGCCAUUUUAGUGACACAGCAUAUGACAGAAACCUUUUAAAGAUGACUAAAAGAAUCAAGGCACUACACUUGAGAGGAGGGGCAAAAGCAUUUGUCAGCAAGAAAAUACCUUUCCUCUCAGAUAAAUUGCAUUUUGUUGAAUGAUUAAUAGAGAGAAUGGUAUUUAUAUUUAGACAACUUAUGUUUAAAGGGGAAAGAACUAAAGUACUUUGAAACAAAUGGUGCCCACCUUGGCUAUAAGAAUACUCACAACUUAAUUGUACCCCAUCAAAUUGGCCACUGACCCUCUACUGUAUACCAGUCCUCUCCACAUAAAAAAGUAUGUGACAAAAAACAGACUCAAAACAUAAUUUUAAAUAAAAUUAUUUAAUUUUAUUUAACCUGUGUUCACACACCAAUUGCAGGAUCUGUGUGACUUGUUUUAAGCUUCAAGGAGCUGUCCAGUUUGUGUCUAAGUCCAGAGCCAGGGUCCAAUCUGACUCUUCAACAAAGUGAAUUUAACAAGUAGCCUCACACUUGCUGCCUGUGGAGUGUAAAUUCAGUGCAGGGAGUCCCCUGGGGGCGUUGUAAACCAAUUUACCUCAGUUGCAAAGCUUAGAGAGAGUUUCCCUUCCUUACUUUCUUGACAGUCGAAUUACUAAUUCUUAUGGGAGGACUGUGACUUUUAACUAUUCAGACAUGCACAGUUCACUCUCUCAUACAGGACAGCUGCAAUUUCAGCCUGGUGGAAGCCAAGCAAUGUAAACAGGAAGUGUGAACAACACAAGUGUGCAUGCUGUAAACACACCCAUUAAUGCAUGCACUAAUGCUUUUAAAGAACUAGAGUCAAAAAUUUCUUUAUGAGAAAGCACUGAUACCAGUAAACAUCAUCUUUUUGAAACACUGAUGGGUUUGGAUUGAGAGAAUCCUUUUUGGAAGGUAGCACAAAAUAACCAAUAGCAAAUGGAUUAGAAAACUGGGCAGAGUGGAAAGUUGCUUGUUUUGAUCCACCUCCCAAGAAAAGUUGUACCCACAAGGAGUCUCAAUGGGUGACAUCAGUCAUCUUUGUUUGUUAUGUUUAAAAUAAAAACAGAUCUCUUUCUGGCAGCCGUUGCAAAUGACUGCUAAGCUGAGCUGGUAAAAAUUAGUACUGACAAGAGCCAGGGUCCAGAAACAAUUAACCUAUGCUGAGCCCAAUACUAUUGUUGUGCCAUGUCUAAAAUGUACAUUUCUUUUGUUAUGCUUAUUGAAUAAUGUAUUGCAUACCAAAAUAUAGUGAAAUCUGUUCGUUUCCCAGGAAUCACAAUAAAAUUUUUAAAGUUUUCCUAAGACAAAGAAGAGAGAAAUAAAAUGAUUGUUGUGAAGCCACAAUUCUAAGUAUGUACAUUUUUCAAUGAGUUAGUAUUGGUUUAGGGUGAAUCAUGAUAAUGUGCAAGAACAUUUUAGCUUUAUGGAAAGGAUUCAAACUACUUCAAAAUAAUCACUGUUGAAGGGCCCUUGGCUGUUUUGUGUCAGCUUGAGCACUCAUUUUUUUUAUAUAUGUUAAUUCAGAAAAUGCCUUCCAGAUAUUGUGAGAGAUAGCAAAGCAAAUGAUUUGCAAAGAAACACACAAAAUAUAUGGAUAGUUUUUUUUUAGUUAUGUAAUUAAUUUCAGUGUUGUAAACUGGUCUUAAGAUUCAUUUGGUAUGUUUAAAGCAAAAACAGCAAAAGAAAAUGGAACAAAUUAUAUGCAUCAGCAAUAUGGUGUCUUGUCUGUAGCAAUUCUGUAUACAAAUAAAAUAAGUACUGUAAAA